AAAGGAAACAAAACGGGUGUGUUUUCAUCGUCCUGCCAGUGGGCUUUAAGAGUGGAGAGCAAAUGGGUUGGUUUAUUUGCGUGCGGCUUUCUCUUAACGCAAACUGAAGAGCACUUGGGAAGCCAUGGCCAGAACACUGUUGUUGCUCCUGUCUGCUCUCUGCUGCUGCCUAGCGGGCAAUGUGGAGCUCCGCCGCACUAAGAGAGGGACUCGUUUUUACCGAGGUGAGCCCAACAGACGGCCAGCCAGACGGAUGCUUUUGAUUAUUCAUGUCACGAAGUCUUCACCCUCCUUUGCCACCUCCCUACAUUGUGUGGACGCUCAAACGUCGGCGGUGCGUAGUUAUCGGGACACUUGGCUGCGAUGGAUGGGGCCGCGCGUGGAGUAUUGCCAUUGUGCGAUAAAAGGACGAGAGCGUUGUCAUAUUGUGCCCGUCAUCAACUGCUACGUGUCUCAGUGCUACAACGGGGGAACCUGCAAGGAGGCGGUGUACACUGCGGACUACAUUUGCCAGUGUCCCCCAGGCUUCAGUGGGGCUCAGUGUGAGAUCAACUCCAAUGAGAGAUGCUUCGUGGGGCGGGGCGGAGGCUACCGCGGCACAUGGAGCAGCAGCCAGUCGGGAGCCGAGUGCAUCAACUGGAACGCCACCUCUCUGAGGGGAAGGAAGUUCACCGCCAGGAAAAUGGACGCCAAUAGCCUCGGACUGGGCAAUCACAACUUCUGCAGGAACCCUGACAACGACAGCAAUCCUUGGUGUUACAUCUAUAAAAACACUCAGAUCGACUGGCAGUUGUGUUCCACGCCCAAAUGUCCAAAAGAUAAGAACCAAGAAUGUGCGAAGGGCUCCGGUCAGUCAUACCGAGGCACCGCGUCCGAAACGAAGAGCGGCUCUCGCUGCCUCCCGUGGGACUCGCCAGCGGUCAAGCACAAGGUCAACACUGCGUGGAGAUCCGACGCCUUGGAGCAGGGCCUGGGCAGCCACAGCUUCUGCAGGAACCCGGACGGCGACACAGGUCCGUGGUGUCACACCUACAAGAGCAUGCGGCUGACCUGGGAGCUGUGCGACAUCCAGAAAUGCUCGAGACGCCCAUCCGUCAUCAGCACUCUCGGCCCACGCGGCCCCACCACGAACAGCCAUCACGGGGCAACAUGUGGCCAGCGCUUGGACAACACCCUGAAUCGCCCGGCGUUCCGCAUGUUUGGGGGCAGAAAGAGCGACAUCACGGAGCAGCCGUGGCAGGCGGCCAUCAACGUUUACCAGCCCCGUCUCAGAAAACACUUCCACCGAUGCGGAGGAGUCCUCAUUCACCCCUGUUGGGUCCUGUCUGCGGCCCACUGCUUCGAGGACAAAGCUAAAGCAGAAAAACUGGAGGUGAUUUUGGGGAGAACGUUCCGGAAGCAGAACUCCAGCAGCGAGCAGAUUUUCAAGGUGGAGAAGUACUGGAAUCACGAGAAAUUCGACAACGAAACAUUUGACAACGACAUCACUCUCUUGAAGCUGAAGACGGACAUUGGCAUCUGUGCCGUAAACUCUCCAGAGGUUCUCCCCGCGUGUCUGCCUGAACGUGGGCUGGUGCUGCCCGACUGGACCGAGUGCGAGAUCUCGGGCUACGGAAAAGACUCCGAAUUUGCUGCAGAGUACUCGGAGAGAGUAAAGAGAGGUUACGUCCGCCUGUGGCCCAGAGAGCGCUGCGUCCCAGACGUGCUGUCCCAACGGCCAAUCACCUCCAACAUGCUGUGCGCCGGUGACACCCGAGGCCUGGACGACGCCUGCAAGGGAGACUCUGGUGGCCCGCUUGUCUGUCGAAACAAUGACAAGAUGACUCUGAUGGGUGUGAUCAGCUGGGGCGACGGGUGCGGGCAGAGGGAUAAGCCCGGGGUCUACACCCGCGUCACUCACUACAUCGACUGGAUCAACAGCAAAAUCAAGGCGAACCCCGUCUAAAGGAAGAGAGCCUGCAGAGGCACGUUGAUGGAUGAGCAUACCCAUAAACCAGAGUGUGGUCCUUGUGAAGAUACACAAGAGGGGUCCACGGGAGUCUUGGUUCUGUUGUUCAUCUCUUGAUCGAAAUCCAAACUGAUGGAGGUUUUAAACCAGCAGGACCGCGCCAACAGAGGCGCAAGGAUCUCAAUCCCCAGUGUUCUGGUUCUCACUGUGUUAAAUGUGACACCACGACAAAAAACAAACAAACGGACUCUAUCUCGUUCUGGGACAUCUGGAUCGCGAUGGUACCUUUUUUGUCUGUUCACGUAAACGCGUGUUUUCUGAAUAUUUCGUCCACCAAAAAUGUAGGCUCGAGCAGCAAGCCUGACAGGAAAAGUAGGGAAUAUAUAUAUAUAUAUCCAGGUUUAUAUUGCUGCUCUUUCUGGCUUUGUGUCGGUUUAUGCAAAUAAGUCCCACAUGGUAAAGACUUCAGGUCAGUAGGUGUUUCUGAUCCUAAAGCACACUCCACUCAGCAGUUACUCUGCCAUGACUUUUCACAUCACAGUAACUACAAUAGGAAUUUCUAAAAACAAAAAAAGACAUUUUGGGCAAAGAUUGUGUCUUCUAGAUGAGAGGUUGCGUAAUGUUCUGCGUUUGCUCUUGUUGGUGCUUGAGGGGCUCCUGACCAAAAACACAGAACGUAUCUGCUGGUUCGGAUCGUGUGUGUUGUUUGCAGUGUGAGGCCCUUUGGGGUCAGAUUUGGACGGGUGGAGGCUCUGAGACACGCCGUUCAACAAACCAGGCACCACCGUUCCUUUUUCUUACAAUUUGUUUUUUAAUGAGAUUUCCGGAGCUCUUCUCCAACAGACACCUGGGUUGAGCCCAGCAUGUAUAUAACAUGUAUAUUGUCUGAAUAUAACUUUUUUAUAUUUCAAAUGACUUGGGGCUGUUCUUUUCUGUUCUACAAUAAAACUGAUUAUUGACUGUAAAACUUGACAAACUCACUUUGUUCUGUGACUGGGUUUUAGAUGUUUUUUUUACUAAGUUAAUAUUUGUGUAUUUUAUUACUUUUGCAGUGUGUAGUUUGGUAAUGUAUUGUCUGUCAUAAUCACAUCUGGAAAAAUACUUGUUUUUUCAAUAAAUAUUUGUAAGACAUC